AGGGGGGGGGGCCCCCGGCCUCCGUAGCGUGGGGAAGCGGUGGGCUCGAGGCGGUUGUUGUUUCCCCUCCUCUCGGGUGCAGCGCGGCACCUUCCUAAGUCACUCCCGCCCCGUCUGCGUCCAUGGGCAGAUUCGUCUCUCCCGGAGAUGGAGGCGAAUCUGCCGAAGCGGAAAGAAACGCGCAAGUCGCUGAGGAUCAAAGUCAUCUCCAUGGGCAACGCCGAGGUGGGCAAGAGCUGUAUCAUAAAGCGGUACUGUGAAAAGAGGUUUGUUCCCAAAUACCUGGCGACGAUAGGAAUCGACUAUGGCGUCACCAAAGUCCAAAUUAGAGAUCGAGAGAUAAAAGUGAACAUCUUUGACAUGGCUGGGCACUCCUUCUUUUAUGAGGUGCGCAAUGAGUUUUACAAGGACACUCAGGGUGUUGUUCUAGUGUACGAUGUUGGACAGAAGGAGUCGUUUGAUGCACUGGACACUUGGCUGGCUGAGAUGAAGCAGGAGCUUGGACCGCACGGAAACAUGGAAAACAUUGUCUUUGUUGUCUGCGCCAACAAGAUUGACUGCACCAAGCACCGGUGUGUGGAUGAGAGCGAAGGGCGACUGUGGGCGGAAAGUCGGGGCUUUCUUUACUUUGAGACUUCAGCGCAGACAGGAGAAGGAAUCAAUGAGAUGUUCCAGACCUUCUAUUCCGCAAUUGUUGAGCUGUGCGAUAAUGGUGGGAAACGCCCCACGUCUAGCAUGAGUGCUGGGUUUACCAAAGAGCAGGCAGAUACCAUUCGGAGGAUCCGCAGCAGCAAGGACAGCUGGGACAUGUUGGGAGUCAAACCUGGAGCCACGAGGGACGAGGUGAACAAAGCCUAUCGGAAGCUGGCUGUGCUGCUCCAUCCAGACAAGUGCGUGGCUCCUGGCAGCGAGGAUGCCUUCAAAGCUGUCGUGAAUGCGCGGACAGCACUGCUCAAAAACAUCAAAUAGAAGACAGAAUGGAAAAGCCCUCCCGGGCGUCCGCCCACAGUUCCUGGAGAGCCAAUUGACCCAGGGCAACCUUCUCUCCCCCAGCACUCGUUACUGUCCUAGUAACGGGGCCUCCUCCUGCUUCCACUAACUGACGUGGGAACAGGAGUUGGCCCUCGGUAGCUGCAUUUCAUCACAGCCCCGGUUGCAUUCUGUGUUGAGAGCUAAGCAGGGGAGUGGUGUCCAGUGCACCCGGCCUGGAGCAGGCUCCUGACUGAGUCAGAGGCCCAGAUUCGUGGUUGGCGCAAGCAGGCGCAGCACCCCUGAAGACAGCGGCGUUGCCCCCGCUCUCACCAACCAUGGACGUGGCCCCAGCCUUGUUUUGUGUGAGCUCUAAAAUGAGGCCUCCCCUGCUAGGCAUUGCUGGCCCUAGAGGCUUCUCCUUAGAUGGGUGCGAGGGGCUGGUUUCUGUCGCAUCAUUGCGGUUGGUUCUCCCCGUGCUGAAAACAGUGAAAGCCAGCUGGCCUAAGCCAGCGCAAACGUUUCCCACGUGCGGUGGCCUGAAUGAUGCUCUCCGAGCACUGGCUCUGGGUCGGCUCUAGAGUCAGAGGCAGGGAUGACGCCAGAGGCCUGGAUUAGACAUCUACACUGCAAAUACCUCUCGGGUUCAUGGAAACUCAGUGUCUGGUCCCUGAGCCUUUGGAACAACUAGAAGAUGUCAGCGGCCGCUCUGUUAGACACAUGGGAUCGGGGCUGACUGCUUGGCCACCGCAGGGUAAAAUCCUGGCCGUUUCCCAGCCUCUUCAGAAAGGGCCCAGUAUGAAACUUGGGUGGGGAGUGGUGGGAGAGAACCGUUCUCUGGUCAGACUGGGAGGCACUGUCACUGGGGUGGGGAGGGCAGAGAAAUGCAGCUUGAAUGUAGCUUGAGGGCAGAGGCCUUUGCUCUCUAUGCCGGGCCGAAAGCCCAACGUAUUCCCGGACGUGGGAGUUUAAAACCAAAUGCCACGCGUCUGUGGGCUGGACUGCGUGUAGGGGCUGGGCGCCGUGCACCCGGGAGUCUGAAGAUUUGACUUAAACAUUCCCCCUGGGUGCAGCCAGAUUCCUGUUUCAGCAGCGUGGGCCUGAAAUGCUGAGCACCCUGAGCUCUGGUUGACUUCACAGAGGGCAGUGUGCUCAGCUUCUCUCAGGAUCGGGCCCCUCCUGUUUGGCUCUAUUAAGACACAGCCCCUGACACUAAGUUAUUUCCUAGGGACAAUCCAAUGCUGUUUCCUUGUGCCCUAAACAGUAACAGCUACCCUGAGCCUUUCCCGGGGCUGCUCAGUUAUUUCUCUGCCCCUGAGCCAGGCUGCAGCAACUUCACUUCUGCAAAUACUAAGCCCAGCAGGAGCGAUGAACCUGAGGAAAGACCGAGGAGCAGAUGGUUCCUAAACCGGCAUGUGGAGGAAAGGGUGCAAAGAACUCUCUGUCGUCCUCUUCAUCCCUCUGCUCCAGCUUUGCUGCUCAAGUACCAGGAACAAUUUCUGUUCUUCUCCCGUCGGGGGGUGCAAGUUGCUGUGGGCUCUGGCUCCGACGCAGCGGGGGAAGGGCUGCAGGUCCUGCCUGGGCUACAGGUAGGCUGCUCUAUUUGGAAGGAUGCCCCGCGCCCGCACAGGGUGCUGCUGCUGCCCCUGUACAGUCACUCCCACCUCUCCCCAAAUGCAGGCUCAUGGCCCCAGGCCAGCCCAAAAUAAGCCCUGUAGGAUUUGCCCCAUUUGCUAAGGUCGUAACACCUGUAAGCCUUACAGCAGAGCUUCCAAAGGGGAGGCAGGAUGCUCUUCCCAUAGCCAAACCUGACUCAUAAGGCUGGCAUGACCGCCCCUAUGAAUAUGACAAUGCUCUUCUACCCAGUGCCACCACCCCUGCCAUAUCCUCUCAGUUACAGCCUGGCAUCUCCUGCCGGGGGCUUCCUCUGACUCACCUUAGCGGAGACGGAUGCCCAGGCUCUGCAGCUACUAAGGCUCUCGUCUGUCUCUGGUCCUCCACAAGCUGUUGGCACAAUGCCGAUAACGUACGAACGGGUACGGGCUGUCCUCAUGGAAAUGUUUAAGUGAACAGCAUCCCCCCCCACCCCCAGCCAUUACACACGGGGUGAGGAAACUGACACAAUGAGAAAUUCUGUCAGGAAAAUACAGCCCCAGGUUUUGUUGUGCACCUCUGAGAACCAAGCCCCUUCUUUGGAUACCUAAGUCUUGCACACCCAAGUCUUGCACACUUUGUUCAUUCCCUUUAAAAUUCCCUUGCUGCAAAUCUGCCUGCUAGUCAUGCUGCUUGCUAGGGGUGCCCCAGAAAACGGGGUUAGGCUGUUUCUGAGCCUGGAGGUGCAUGCUUGUGUCUGAAACGGUGCUGGAAAUAGCAGUCCGCUCCGUCAGGCCACUGUAUGGCAGAGCGAAGGGAAAGCUUUAGCACUUAUGAAAGGUCCAGGGUGAGACGUCCAAGCCAAAAACAAGAGCACGCUUUCCACUGCAUUUGGAGUCACCUGUGCACUUUAACCUUUGAUGCUGUAUCCUAUUUUAUGUGGAGGGUCGGCUUUGCUUGUGGGUGUAUUUUAUCACCUCAAAUAAGUCUCUUGCUCUGCUUAACCUGUUAGAUUAGAAGAGCAGUACUUCUGACCAUUGUGGCUGUCGUGCAAGAUAAAAUCGCCAUAAACCCAUCUGCAGCUUCUUUGUGUUUUCACACGUGGCAUUCUUGGCAUCUUGUUUAGACAGUGUUCGCCUGGCAUCAUGAUCUAGUUCCUGCAAGGCCGCUGUCAGCAGGUUAGGCUCAGAAUUUGGCCGUUGCACUCUUCCUGUGAAACUAUAGCCAUGAUUUUUGCUGGAAUCACACAGGAACAAAGCUGUGAGCUCCCACUAUGGGUCUGCAGCAGUUAAUCAUCUUUCUCCCUUGCAUUUCCUCAUGUGCCAGAUAGAAAAGGACAAUCAGUAGGGGACAGAGGCUUGAAGCUGUGAAAGUAUUAAACAGUGGGAAAUAAAAAGCAAAUUUAAGACAAAUUUCAGCCCUCCAACAGGCUUUCCUGUUUUUAAAACCCAUUAUUUCAUGCAGUCGGUGCAAUUUAAGACAUCUUUUUCCUCUCACUUUCAGGGCAACUUUUCAAUCUCUCCUUCCAGCCCUGCUAAAACAAUUUAAAGAUUGACUUUUUGGCUGGGUGGCAGUGAAUUUCAGAAAUUUCAUAAGACUAAAUUAUUUUGAUCUCCACCAGGUUUCUGAUCCCAGAUUGUAGGAGGAUGGGGCUGGGGGUGUGCUGAAAAGCAGCUGUUAUACCUCACACAUAAAUAAUCAUUUGAGUCAUUGCUCCAUAAAGUUAACUUUAAAUUAGCAACAUUUCUUUUCUCCCAACGCAAAUUCAAAUGUUACGGCCCAAUCCUGGGUUGGUGUUAAAUCAUCAUUGGAGUUUUUGGAACUGUGUCAGUUUAUACUAGUUGGUGAUCUGACUCAAAGAAUCUUUAUAAUACUCAAAAGCUCCUCUCCCAUACUAAGGAAACCCACUGGAUUCUGGCUUCAAACCUAGUUCUCUGUGUAUUUUCCAGCAAGGGAGGAUAAAUAAUUGAGCUGCUGGAUGGUGCAAUUUCAAGCCAUAAAGGCCAACUUCUAGGAAGACUCUUGUUAAUGGCUGAUUGUUGUUCUGAAAUAAUUCCAGUGUUUAUAACUAUUCAGGGAUGCACUUACCCCGUCUUGUGUGUGGUAGAUAAGAACUGUGAAUGCACUGUAUUUUGUUCUUACAAAAAUAUCCUUUGUUCUAGUGGUUGAAUUUAUGUCUGUGGUUUUUUGUUACAUGAACUGACGGGAAACGCUGAAAUGACUCUAUACAUGCAUGUCUUGUCUAGGGCCUGGAUGUACUUUUAAGCUGUGCACUUUUAUAUAGUAAAACUGAAUUUAAAA